GGUGUGGGAUGUGAGCCCGGCUCCGGCGGCAGCGGGAGCGCCGGCGGCUGCAGCUGCGGCGGUGGCUUCGGAGGCUCGGGGGUCUCUGCCGGUUGAGGAGGAGGACCCCGAUCCCCUUCUUCCUCAGGUCAUAAGAAGCUGGCCUUGGUGUAACAAGGACCUUAAAACAAUGGAGGAACGGAAAGUGAAGAGGAGGAGUCCUAAGUCUUUUAGUGCCCACUCUACUCAGGUUGUUAAUGCCAAAAAAAAUGCCAUUCCAGUUAGUAAAAGCACAGGGUUUUCAAAUCCUGCAUCACAGUCAACUUCACAGCGACCAAAGUUAAAAAGAGUGGUGAAAGAAAAGACCAGACCUCAGGGUGGAGAAGGAAAGGGCGCGCAGUCCACCCCCAUUCAGCACUCCUUUCUCACCGAUGUCUCAGACGUCCAGGAGAUGGAGAGGGGCCUUCUAAGCCUCUUGAAUGAUUUCCACUCGGGAAAGCUUCAGGCGUUCGGAAAUGAAUGUUCCAUUGAGCAGAUGGAGCACGUCCGGGGGAUGCAGGAGAAGUUAGCUCGCCUGAAUUUGGAGCUCUAUGGGGAGUUAGAGGAGCUUCCUGAGGACAAGAGGAAAACAGCCAGUGACUCCAAUCUGGAUAGGCUUCUGUCUGAUUUAGAAGAACUGAAUUCCUCCAUACAAAAACUCCAUUUGGCAGAUGCACAAGAUGUUCCAAAUACUUCUACCAGCUAAAAUGAAAGACAGUUGCUUUCUUGUGGUUUGAAGACAAGCAGCAUGUUUUACUUUUCCAGCUGAAUCCAGUAGCAGAACCAUCUUCCACAAUAAGGAAUUAAAGUAAUUGAAGUGCAAUUGCAAUGAUUGUUUUCACCUACUGCUUUUAGUAAAUUUGACUUGCUGUAAUUCACUGUAACUGGAGGCCGAGGCCUUGUUGAAGCUUGAUCAGGAAAUGUGAUACCGACGCUGUGCUGCUGUACUUUAUGUUGUUGCCUUACGGGCUUAUACUUGAAAUGCGCUGUGCUAAACCUGGUUGAUCGGGCUGCGGGAUUCGUCCUUCCUGAGCGCACAGACUUAGUCCAGUGUGAGCCUAAGUUUAUGACGCACAGGCUUUUUGUGGCUGCCCAACUUCAGUUUACAUUAGACAAUCAGUACACGUGCUGUGUUUUCCCAUGGCCAGUGAAAACAAAAUGUUAAAUGAGUAUCUGUGAAAUUUGCUAUUUUUAAUAAAGCGAUCGUUUUAAAUUA